CAUGACCUCCACCAAACUGCGUAAAGUGUCCCAAGGCUUAUCUAAAACCAUGGAUGAGCACUCUGGAGUUCAGCGCAAAACCUCAGCUGUGGUGGAGUCCUUCAGCCAGGUUCAGAAAUCCCCUCAGAUCCCCGAGGGAGAGUCUGUCCCAGAUUUUGAGGAAAAACUGCGCCCCAUAACUGCCCAAGAGGGUGACAAUGCGGUGUUCAGAGCAAUGACAGGGAAUCCCCAGCCUGAUGUGAGCUGGGAAAGAGCCAGCGGGAACCCACUGUCUGAUGAGACUAAGACUUUUUAUGACAACAUCAACAAUCAGCAUAUACUCAAGAUCAAAAAUCUCAACUUGGAGGAUGCUGAUGUCUACAAGUGUGUCGCCUCCAACACCCACGGAGAAGCCAUCUACUCCAUAUCCCUCAUCGUUACAGAAAGUAGGUCUUUAGACUUCAAAAAGAAGCUGAAAAAACGCUGUGUGGAGAAGAGAGAGGAGAGGAAGCCACCUACAGAGGAGGAGAUGUUAAAGAUCCUGGCUGGAGCUGACAAGAAGGACUACGAGAGGAUCUGUGCCGAGUACGGCUUCACUGACUUCAGAGGAAUCCUCAAAAAACUGAAGGAGAUGAAGAAGAAAGAGGAAGUGGAGAUGGUGCGUGUGCUGAAGCCCCUGGAAGACAUAACCGCCAAAGUGGAUACCAACGUCAUGUUCGACACCAUCCUGGAGCUGAAAGAUCCAAAUAUCAGAAUGCAAUGGUUCCUGGGCGCAGAGCUCUUGCGGAUCCAAUAUUCUCUUGGGAAAUACGAAGUGAAACAGAUGGGGACCAAGCACAUGCUAUGCAUUUCUAGUGUGAGUCUCAGUGACAUGGGCAUGUACGCGCUGCAGGUCGGAGACAAAAAACUGACAGCCAGGCUUCAUGUCAUAGACGAACCUCUCAAAUUCCUGAGUGACUUCAAACCUAAAAGAGUGACAGAGCGUCAGACCGCCGUGUUUGAAGUCCACCUCUCUAAGAAGACAGAUGCACCGCUCAUUUGGAAGGUAAAAGGAAAGGAAGUGAAAAGAGAUGAAAAGUUCGAGGUGUCCCUGUCUGAGGAUGGUCUGACCUACACCUUGAAGAUUAAAGACGUCAAAGUCAGCGACACCGGAGACUACACCAUCAGCAUCGGAGACCUCAGCGCCACUGUGCCUCUUUUCAUUGAGCGACUCCCCAUCAGCUUUACCAGCCACUUGAAGAAUGUCCGUGUGCAGGAGAGAGGCAAAGCCCAUCUGGAGUGUGAGAUGAGCUCCAAGGACGUGCACAUUCGCUGGCUGAAGGAUGGAAGUGAUAUCACAGCCAGCCGCCGUUACAUCUUCAUGCACGAGGGAAAAAGGGCAGAGGUUAUCAUCGAGGACUGUGAGCUGACAGAUGAGGGACAAUACACCAUCGUCUGCACUCAGGACAACGACACACACGAGUAUAAGUCUUCUGCGUAUCUGACAGUGGACGAGCGUUUUGCCUCGGUGAAGAGUGGUAUGUCAGAUGCUCAGUGUCCUACGGGCUCCCCUGCAGAGCUGUGUGUAGUUCUAGAUGAUGAAAAAGUGGAUGGAGUGUGGCUGAAAGAUGGAGUGGAGAUUUCAGGGCUCAGUGGGGUUCAGGUGGUCAAACAAGGAGCUGUGCACAAACUGAUCUUUAGUGGUGUGACAGAUGCCCAUGAGGGAAAGUACACCUUCAGAGCCAAGGGAGCAGAGAGCGAGGCUGUGCUCACCAUCGCAGACCCUCCGGAAAUAGAUUCCUCUGUGCUUGACUUGUUGGGGGCCCGGCCUGUUACUGUGAAGGCGGGCCAGUUAGCCACCAUUAAGAUCCCCUUCAAAGGUAGACCCCCUCCCAAGGUAACCUGGUUCAAGGAUGGUGUAGAGAUCAUGGAGGAUGAGAGGACCAAGAUAGAGAGGACAGCUGACGGCACUUCACUGGUGCUCAGCAGGUGUGUGAGAGAGGACAGCGGCGCAAUAAUGCUUCGUCUGAAGAGCGACUGCGGCACUGCUGUAGCUAACCUGCACCUCAAUGUGAUCGACCGCCCUAAGCCUCCCCAGGGGAAAGCAGAGUUCCUGGAGCUAUCAGCCAAAUGUAUUAAGAUGAAAUGGAAGGCUCCUCGUGACAACGGGGGAAAGCAGGUGACCAGCUUUGUGAUUGAGCGACGUGCGGCAGGUAAGAAGUCCUGGAACAAAGUGGGAGAAGUAGACAGCAGCUCCACCAUGUUCAGCGACGGCAAAGUGGAAGAAGGCCAGGCUUAUCAGUAUCGAAUCCGGGCUGUCAAUGCAGAGGGAGUUAGCGACCCUCUUGAGACGGAGGAGGUGCGAGCUGGAGAGCCAAUAGAACCUCCAGGUGCUUCGCCUCAACCCCAGGUGUCAAACAUAACAAAGGAGACCAUGACUGUGAGUUGGACACCACCAGCCAAUGAUGGAGGGGCACCUGUUCUUGGCUACAUCCUGGAGAGGAGGAAAAAGGGUAGCAGCAUGUGGUUGCAGGUCAACAAGGAGCUGGUCACAGACACUAAGUUCAUGGUGGAUGGGCUGGUGGAAGACGUGGAGUAUGAGUUUAGGGUCAUCAGUGUAAACCGGGCUGGAUCAGGCAGUCCCAGCACAGUUUCCAAUGCGGUCCAGGCCAAAGAUCCAAUACGAGCCCCUGGUCUGGUAAGGAACCUGUCUGUGUCUGACUCCACAAACUCCUCUAUUUCCCUGAAGUGGACCCCUCCAGAGCAAGGAGACGAGCCUUCGGGCUACAUCCUAGAGGUCCGCCCUGAAAAUGCUAAAGAGUGGACAAAGGCCACUAAGAUCCCCAUCACUGGUACUGGCUUCACUGUGGGAGGACUUCAGGAGAGGAUGAAGUACCACUUUCGAAUCCGGGCUGUGAAUGAAGGAGGGGUGGGGGAGCCUAUCGAGCUGUCGGAGGGAGUAUUAGCCAUGCCUCCACCUGUGGCACCCAGGUUUGACCUCCAGGGAAAGCUGAAAAACCAGGUGGUGGUGAGAGCAGGAUCAGCACUCUGCCUUCAUCUCAGCUUCUCUGCUUCACCUCCACCAGUGGUAACCUGGUUUAAGGAUGGGGUCAUCACCACAGGACGGGAAGUCAUCACCAAGAGCAAGAUUCACUCCCAGUUCCUCAUUUCCUCCUCUCAGCGAUCUGACUCUGGCGUCUACCGAGCUCACCUCAAGAACGACUAUGGAGAGGCUCACUAUGACGUCAACGUCAAGGUCACAGACUUUCCUCGACCCCCCAGAAACCUCCGCCUGGUGGAGGAGGUCCCGGGUACGGUGACCCUGCAGUGGGAUCACACCCCGGAUCUGGCUGAUGAUGAUGAAGGAGCACAUUAUGUCAUCCUCAAGCGAGAUACCAGUACUACAUCCUGGUUCACUGUGGCUGAGCGUGUGUUUAGCAGCAAGUACACUGUCACUGGACUGCUUCCUGGGAGAAAGUACUACUUCAGGGUCAUUGCACAGAAUUUUAUUGGAGACAGUGACCCUUUGGACUCAAAGGAACCUUUCAUCAUCGUCAAGGAAAAAGACUGCAUCAGCGGCCUUCGCUUAAAGGAGUAUGCUUCAAGGUCACGUCAGGUGAAGCCGACAUUCCUCCUGCCACUGAAGGACCACGCUGUUCGCAAAGGCCACGACUGUACCAUGAGCUGUGCCUAUCAGGGCAUGCCAACUCCACAGGCCUGCUGGUUUAAGGGAGAAUCAAAGAUCUCUCAGUGCUCUAGGUUUUGGCACAGCACUGCUAAUGGAGUGUGCACGCUGGUUAUUCCCACCUGUGGAGCCAAUGAUGGUGGAGAAUAUACACUGGUGCUGGAGAAUCCACUGGGGACAGCCAAGUGUUCCUGCAGCUUGGUGAUCUUUGAUAAGGAUGACAAGAGCCUGCUGGAGACCCUGAGUGACCAUGCCAACAAAGAGAAGCUUAUCUUGUAAGAUUUCUGUGACCUGCUACCAUGACAGAUGCACUUUGAGUGGCUACGUACCCUUUUCUGCUGUUGCUACACUGGAUGGAUUGGAGUUUUACAAAUAUACAAGUCACAUCCUUGAUUCUCACCCCCAAUUUCUGUUUCUGACUCAUUUUUAUUCAUCAUAAUGCUGUUGUUUACCUCUUUCCUCCAUGGUUUUACCCACAGUUCACUGCUCAGUUCAUGCAUCAAAUGAACACUAGGGGUCAGACAUGUUCCUCUUGAUAUAAGGCAUUUUGCUGCAGGAGCAGAUUAUUAUACUUUGUCUUGUGUUGGGGGGAUUUUUACUGAUUAGUCAGAUCAGUCAAUAAGAGAGAUUGUCCUUCCUCUUCUGGCCACAAAUUAUUUUCUCUCCGUAAAGACAUUUGCC